GCGGUGGGAGAAGCCUGGAUAGGCAUGGACAGCGGCUUCACAACCUUCGAGGCCAAGUGCAUCCGCUUGAUGCAGCCUGUGGAUGCGAACCACUCGGCCUCAACCAUAGGACUUGACCGUUGGGAUGGCAACAGCUGGGUACGUGUCAAAACCUUCGUGAACACGGGAGGCGUGGAAGCCGACGGUCGGUUUCUGGACCUGACUGUGGAGCCCAACUCCAAGUGGCGGCUGAAGCCCCUCUUAGCGGAGGGUAAUGAUGACGACAAUGAUGGAUCUGGGGGUGCUGACAGGCAGUUCGCAUCAGAAGCUCUGCCAGCCAUGUCUGCCGCGGACCUCGAUCAGCCUGACAGGCUUAAGCAGAAGACCAAGAAGAACAAAAUCAUACCACAACCAGAGCCUCCCUCCACAGCCGCUGCUACGGAUGCUUCGUCAUCCACAGGGCUCGGCCCUCCUCAAGCUGGAUGGACCGACCCAACCUCCCAGCCACCGGUAUCCAUUGCAAAGGGCAACAAAAUCGCUCCGAGUGCCUUCGUGGAGGAUGCAGGAAUCGGCCCGAGUGAGCCCUCAACGCAUCCUCUCGAGACUUGCAGUUCAACGACCUCGGAGCAGAUUCACGAGGAGUUCUCCAGGCCCGAGCACAUUCACGAGGAGUUUGUGCCGACCGAGGCCACGGAAGCGCAGCUUCAACCUCCUCGGGUUGGAGACGUGCCGGAGGACAGCUCCAGUCAUGCACCUGUCCACGAGGAUGGGAGGCCACAUGAGCGCCCACUUGAACACGAAGAGCAGUCAGGAAGACCUUCCGUCCAAGAGACGAAGGCAGAAUGGAAGCGUGACACCUGGACUGACGAGGAGUGGCAACGUUGGUAUGCCCAGAAGCAGUACCCGAAGCAGCACAGGGAGUGGCAGAGACCUCAGCGAGACAUGAGGUCCGGUUCUGGUGGGCCUCACUGGAGCUGGGCAAGCUAUGUCCAAGUCUCGGCUGAUGGGCUUCUCACCAUUCGGUUGGCAAAGAUGGGGCUUGAUGAGCGCACAAUACAAAGCUUUUGCUCAUGGUUCCCCACAGAGCUACGUCGCUUGAAAGAGGCGAAGGUGCGCAAGCUCUACGUGUCCAGCGACGACAUCGUGCUGGCUCAUGAGGUGGACAUUUCUCAGAAUGACCUGAGCGAUGAGGCCUUGAGGAUCUUGCUCCUCACGUUGAGGCAGGCCAGGGUCGUCAUCGGAGCCGCCAAGUUCUAUCGAAACAAGUUCAGCUGCCGCAGUGCACAGCUUUUAGCGCAAUGGGUCCGAUCCGCACCAUGGGCGAUUUUCGAGCUGCACCUCUCACACAACCAAGUCAAGACCGCUGGUGCGCUCGAGCUUAUCAAGGCAGUGGCAGAAAACAGGAGUUAUCCAUCCGCGCGACCGGGCAGCAAGAACUGGCCACUGCCGUUGUGGCUGCGGCUGGAAUCCAAUAACAUCACCGAUGUUCACGGCUUUGAACAGCAGGCCGAGAUCUGCCUUCAGACCGCUCGACCGGAAGCUCGAGGCAAGCUGAUCUGUUGGUGGGAACACAGGAAUCGAUGUGGGUGCAGAAGUGAUAGCUGUGGCCACUCCACGGCAAACCACUGCCCAGUGCUUCACAUUCCACGCUUGGGCCAGCCGGAGACAAGGAAGGAGGAAGAGAGCGCGCACCGAGGCCCACAAGAUGGGAUGGCAAACAUAUCCACAAAGGCCGAGCCGGAGGAUGGUCCUACGGGUCACCAUGUUUCAUCUGUGGGGGAUCUCCGCAUGCUAACCUCGGAGGAGUGGGGCAAGAUCCAGGACUCUUUCUCGGAAGCCGGACCGAGCAGCGCGACAGAAUCGGCCCAGCUGGCACUCCAGGCCAAUUGGGAUCCGUGGCCUAUUGCGACGGAGUGGGCCGUCGCAGAGCUCGAGCUUUUCGACAACGUGGAGUGCCGGGACCCGCCGUUGGUCGCCCGCUUCAGCGGCUCUGGUUUCGUAGGAGAUGGCGUGACGGCUUCCGAUGCCGCCUUCGUCCCCAGCCGUGCCCAGGAUGGCGAUCUGGCCACUGUGUGGGCCGCACCCUGCCCUUCCGGCGUGGCCUGCGGUGCCGAGGGUGCCUGGCUCGAGGCCCAGCUCCGUGUGCCCAGCGUAGUGCGCUGCUUGAGGCUCUUCCAAUCUACGGCCUCACCCUCCGCGGUGAUUUCCCUUGAAUCGGGAACUGGGACUAUCUACACCAACGUCAGUCGCUUCUCCCAGCUGUCGGGAGGCUCCUGGGAGCACUUAGCGCGGUGGGAGGUGGCCGACAAAGCCUUGGGCAGCAUGUGGCGGCUGGUGCCCACAGGAGUCGCACCGGAGGCUUGGCGGAUCAUCGAGAUCGAGAUCUUCUCAGCAGAAAAUUGCUCCUCCCCGCUGACCUUCCAGACCUUCUCCUCCGGGGGUCUUGGCAUGGCCCUGGCCGGCGAUGGGGAUCUCACCAGCGCCUGGCAGGCCGCGUCUUUGGUGGCCUCCGGGACGUGGCUGGGGCUCUACGAGGGCACGGAGACCUUGCACAGGCUGGCGUGGCCCUGGCUGGGGCUCAGCACGGCGGACGGUGUGAUGCCCUUGUGCUUGCGACUGCUCCAGGCCAACGAGAGUCUUCACUUUGCCAACGAUCUCGUCCUGCAACGCUGGAGCGGCUCCGCCUGGCUCGACUAUCAGGCGUCGUUGAGUGGCAUCGGCACGAUUGCGCCGCACUUUUCAGAGCUGGGGGUAGGCUUGACCUAUCUCCCUGAGACCUGGGCGCGGAUGCCCUUCCUCGAUCGCUUGCAGUGGCGGGUGCAAGCGCUCGACGUGAUGCUGAACUCCUGGGCUUUGAAGGAGCUGCAGCUCUACGAAACCAUCGACUGUCAACAGGAGGUGGAGGGGCUGUACAUUGCAGCAGGAGAGGAUCCGAUGCAGCCUUCACGCAAUGCUAGCCUGGCUUUUGACCACGACCAGCUCACCGAUUGGUGGUCCGUGCUGGGCUUGGGGUGA